AUGUGGCGAACUGGUUUACUGUUUUCAGUUAUAUUGUAUACAAUAGUUUCAAAUGUUACAACGGCGCCAACAUACAACUACUAUUCACGCGGCCCAUCCUACUUAGUAAACAAUGUACCUGAAGUAACCGCUAGACCUAAGCAGCCAUUCCUUGAAGUUCGUAACGCGACAUAUCAUGGCAGUGGACCCCGUGAAGAAGCUCGUGCCAUGUGCUCUGUCAAGACGCAAGAGGUCAACGCCACUGCUAACGCUACCAUCACUAGACGGCUACACGGAGUUGUCACAUCUAGAGAGCUUCACAGUUCAAUCCAGCGGUUAGAAGUGAUUAUCUACGGCCAGAUGCAGCAGCUUUGGAAAAGCUUAGAUGCCUUACGUGUGCAGCUCGUCGAUGGCCGCUCUGCUCGAGCAGCCGUAGCUAAAGUGCAGUAUCCUGACAGGCAUAGUGUUUCAUUUAAUUUACCUUCCCGUAGGAUGAAUAGGGACUAUCAUUAA